GCAAACGUCAGUCAAGACGCUUUUUUUCAUUGUUUGUAACAAGUAUCACAAUCACAAUAUAUAUGUAUAUAUACAAAUACUAAGUACUUGAGAGUAAAAAAUAAAGUAGACAACGAAAAGGAAAUAUUUAUCUCGCUUAAAUAAAAAAAAAAAGAUCAAGAGAUCCGGAGACUAAACCUGAGGUAUUCACGCAAUCAACAUAAAUAGAUUUUUACUCCGAUUGAAUCCAUUUAUUUGGUCUUUUUGUUGUGUGGUCAAUAAUCUUAUCUCUUGUCAAUUAAAAAAUUAUAAUGAACGGAAUUGAAAUGGACAGUGGAGAUAUUAUUGAUAGCAAUAAAUUUAAUAACAUCAAGGAUAAAAUUAAUGAUGAAAAUAAUGAUGUCGGUGAUGCAUUUGGUUAUGGAAAAAAUUCGGUGAGCCCAUACCCAACAUCAUUGCAAACAGCACCAACUGAAAAAUAUGCAAGCCACUACAACAUGUCCCAUGCAAAACGUGGCUUUGCGAUAAUAUUCAACCAUGAAACUUUCAACGUAAGUCACUUGAAAGCACGAACCGGCACCAAUGUCGAUUGUGAAAAUUUGGUAUCAACUUUAAAACUUCUACAAUUUGACGUGUUCCACUACCACAAUCUUAACCACCGCGACAUCCUCAAGCAGCUGGAAACCGUCGCCAACACGGAUCACACUCAACAUGACUGUCUGCUGGUCGCCGUCCUGAGCCACGGAGAACUGGGUGUGCUCUACGCUCACGACACAGCGUACAAAGCCGAGACAAUCUGGUCGUACUUCACAUCCGACAAGUGUCCAACUUUGUCAGGGAAACCGAAGCUAUUUUUCAUCCAAGCCUGCCAGGGUGACAAACUCGACGGCGGAGUUGCUGUUAAAGAGAGAACUGAAACUGACGGUCAGCCCACUGCUACUUUUCGCAUUCCCACUCAUGCUGAUUUCCUGAUCGCUUACUCAACUAUACCAGGUUUCUAUUCAUGGCGCAACACAACACGCGGCUCGUGGUUCAUGCAAGCUCUCUGUAUCGAAUUGCGCGAAAAUGGAACCCGAUAUGACAUUCUAACUCUGCUGACUUUCGUAUCUCAGCGCGUUGCCCUGGACUUUGAGUCAAACACUCCAGACAACAUGACAAUGCAUCAGCAAAAACAAAUUCCUUGCAUCACUUCAAUGUUGACGCGUCUCCUAAAAUUUACUCCCGCUAAAAACGCGGAUUCAAAUCCCACUGGUAGCUCAUAAUCUCAGUCCGUUUAAUUAAAAUAAUAAUGACAAUGACAAUUAAUACGAACAACCGGUGCCUAAUAUACGAAACUGCUGCAUUUAAUACUGCAUUUAUUUAAGUGAUUACUCAUUAAUUAAUUAAUCAUAACUAGGACCUGGAAAUUCAAAUUUAAAUUCAAAUAUUUCAUUGACAUCUAGUUUUUUUUUUUAAAUUUCAUCAGUUUGCUCAGUUAUUAGUUAUCGUUAUCAGUAAUAAUUAAGUCCUAGUCUAUGAUUAAUUAAUAUUAAUAAUUAUAAUAUUAAUUAAUUGUCUUUAGUACGUAAUAGAUAAGAAUGUCAUGAAUUGUAAGUUGACAUUAACGCAAUUACUUUAAUUUUUAUAAUUAAAUUUAAAAUUUUUCAAUGGAAAUUUAUAAUUUGAGGCUUCGAUAAUUAAUAGAAGCUAAUUAAUGAUCAAAAUACGAACUUUAUUAUUUUUUUUUUAAUGCAAUUUAAAAUUUUUGUACUUUUUUACUUUAAUUAAUUUAAGAAUUCAUUUUUUUUAUUGGUUUAUUAAUUAAUUAUUACUUUUUUUUUUUGCUCAAAUGAAGGAGAAGUGAAAUGUUUAAAGCCUUAAAAAAAAUGAUGUCUUUCACAGAUGUGAUAAAAAUAUGACUGAAGUUAGUAGACAAUUAACAAUUUUCGGAUUUUUUUUUUCAACAAAUCAACUGCAAAAAAAAAUAAUUAAAAAUAUGAACGUGGAAAUUUUUUUUCAUAAUUUAUCGUUUUUAAAAAAAUCCAAAAUUUAUUAGACGUCAGCUAACUUUAGUGUCAUAUAAAAAUGUAUGUGCAAGUUAUGAAUAAUGCCGAGUACUUUACCAGUAUGCCAAUAAACGUGAUAACUUUUUUUAUUUUUUUUUUUUUUUUUACGUAAAGUAUACAGUAAUUUUUUAAAAAGUUUUUAUAUCAUAGAUAAUAAGAUAAAAAUAAUUAUUUAUACUUG